AGGGUAUUGUGAACAGUGAAGUGACGGCUGGAGGGCGCAUCAGAUCGCCACCGACUGUGAUAAAUUAUUAGUCUACAAUUUUAUUGUUAGACGCUGAAACUUCGUUGGAACUGCCCUAUAUGCGCCAAGGAGGUAGCGUACGUAUUCUGAGAGCGUUUAUUCCUGUCAUGUAGGUUAGACCUGGUUAGACGUAUACAGUUGAAGGAGGCGGGAGGGCUGCUGGUCCAGUGCAGAGCGAGCGCGUCGCGAGCGCAAGGCAAGGUUCAAUUGUAUCUCUGGCUGUCACUUCCUCGCGACUGAGGAGAAUAUAUGGACGGAGGGAAAGCGCUCUCAUGGCACCCGAGAACGGAGUAGCCUACUAGCUUUACUCUUAACAUUUUCAGUAACUUAGUUCACCUCAGUGGGACGCUCUGAAUCUUUUGCCACUCUGUUGUGUUGGUCGAGGCGAGCCGCAGUGACGCCUAGAACCCUACAGUCUGAAGAAAGCGGUCUCAGUCUGUGAAGUGUACGAAGGAGAGACACUGGAAAGCUAUGAGGGUAAAGUGUUGAGGAGCGGGCAAUGCGAACUCCAGGAUGGGCACCGGGACGUGUAGAUGGAUAUUUCUGCGGUUGCUUGUUUAUUACAGCUCAGUGUUCGUGUCAGGAGAGGUUGCCCCGCUGGAUGGCACCGUAAAUGUUGUGCAGAGUCCAGCUCCCCUGUCAUGCUCCGAUGGCUUCACGGAACUGGGCUUCUACAACGGUUCCGUGUCCCAGACUGAUGCUGGUGCCGCUUGCCUGAAGUGGACCGAGUUCCCAGACUACAUGCUACAGUACCCCAGCCGGGGCCUGGGGGACCACAACUACUGCCGCAACCCUGACCGCGAGUCCAACCCCUGGUGCUUCUACCGGCAGGGGAACGGUGCUAUCGGCUGGGCAUACUGCGACUGCCACCAGGGCUCAGCCAGGCUAGUGGGAGGCUCUGCUAAGAGUGGCCGUGUGGAAGUGUACCUGGGGGGGCAGUGGGGCGCUGUGUGUGACACACACUGGACUGACCGUGACGCCAGUGUCAUCUGCAGACAACUCGGACUCGGGGAGAUCGGCACGGCGCUCCAGCACUCCUACUUCGGACCCGGCUCCGGACUCUUCCACUACGAGCGGCUGGGCUGCCACGGGAACGAGAACUCCCUGCUGGAAUGCCGGACCAGGAAGUUUCUCUCCCAGGACUGUAACCACGGCAACGAGGCAGGGGUCGUGUGCACAGAGCCCGAAGGCAAUGGUGCCCCCUUGAGGCUGGUGGGUGGCCUUGAGGAUUUCGAGGGCCGCAUCGAGGUGUACCACGGAGGGAAGUGGGGCACCAUCUGUGAUGACCAGUGGGAUGACAUCGAUGCUGAGGUGGUGUGCAGGCAGCUGGGCCUCGGAGGGGUUGCGAAGGCCUGGACGUGGGCCCACUUUGGGCAGGGCAGCGGGCCCAUCCACCUGGAUGGGGUGCAGUGCACGGGGAACGAGCUGGCCCUGGAGGAGUGUCCCCACGGGGGAUGGGGACGACACAACUGUGACCACAUGGAGGAUGCCGGAGUCUCCUGCAACCCUUACAGUGAUGGGGUUGUGCGUCUGGUUGGUGGAGACAGUCCGUGGGAGGGCCGUCUGGAGGUGUACCACUCUGGUGAUUGGGGCACAGUGUGUGACGACAGCUGGACAGAGCGCAAUGCACAGGUGGUCUGUCGACAGCUUGGGUACAGGGGCCGAGCGGAGUCAUUGCCGGUGGGUGCGUUCGGCGAGGGCUCGGGCCUGAUCUACCUGGACGAGGUGCGCUGCAACGGCGCGGAGGCCUCGCUGCUGGACUGCGCCCACGCCGAGUGGGGACGGCACGACUGCUCGCACUCCGAGGACGUGGCCGUGCGCUGCGACAGGGGAGGAGAGGCCAAUGAGAUCCCCGCCACCGCACCUAUCUCAGGGCCGCUGGUGCGUCUGGUGUCGGGGGAGAGCCGUAAGGAGGGCCGCGUGGAGGUGUUCAUGGGCGGCCAGUGGGGCAGCGUGUGUGAUGACGGCUGGAGCGACGUCAGCGCUGCCGUGGUGUGCAGACAGCUGGGCUUCGUCGGUAUGUCCAAGGCACGUUCCAUGGCAUAUUUCGGGGAGGGCCAGGGCCCCAUCCACCUGGACAACGUGCGCUGCACAGGUAAGGAGGCAUCCUUGGGGGAGUGCCAGGCGGACGGCCACGAGGCCAACGACUGUCGCCACAGCGAGGAUGCGGGGGUCAUCUGCGACUACACCACAGAGCCCGUGGGCGACGGCUCCGCCAUGACACUGCCCGCUGUCUGUGGCGUACGGCCCAACACGCAGCGGCGGCGACGCAGGAUCAUCGGGGGAGACAAGUCCCUCAGGGGGGACUGGCCAUGGCAGGUGUCCCUGUGGCUGCGGACGUUGGCCAAGGGGAGCCAUCCCCUGUGUGGGGCCACCCUCAUCAACUCCUGCUGGGUGGUCACUGCUGCUCACUGCUUCAAGAGGUUUGGUACGGACCCGUCCCGCUACGUGGUGCGUCUUGGCGACUACCACACGGUGGAGCGUGACGACUUUGAGCGCACGCUGACCCCCGAGCGCAUUGUGGUGCACCGCAAGUACCAGAGCCAGGGCUGGGAGUACGACAUCGCCCUGCUCAAGCUGAAGGGCUCGGGGGCCGAGGGCUCCUGUGUGGCCUUCAACCCCCACACCAACGCCGCCUGCCUGCCCGGCCUCACCAGCAAGAGGAGCAAGAGGCCCGCCGCCUGUGUCAUCACCGGAUGGGGCAUCACUGAUUCGGAGUACUCGCGCACGCUGCUGCAGGCCUGGGUCCCGCUGCUGCCCUCCUGGAAGUGCAAGAAGCGCUACGGCAACCGCUUCACCAGCCGCAUGCUGUGCGCCGGCAGCCUGUCCAAGCGGCGGCGGGUGGACAGUUGCCAGGGCGAUAGCGGGGGCCCCCUGGUGUGCCAGGACGAGGGAGGGCGCUGGGUGCUGACGGGGGUCAUCUCGUGGGGUCACGGCUGCGGUGACCCCAGCUACCCCGGCGUUUACACGCGCGUCAGCAGGUUCCUGCGCUGGAUCCAGAAGGAGACGCACAGCCUGGCCAAGGGAUGAUGUUGUAUUGUGGAGAUCAUCAUCAUCAUCAUCAUGUGUGGCCUCACUACUCUGUGUGUGUGUGGGUAUGAAUGGGCAACAAGGUUCCGUUCUGUUCAGAUUUGAAUCAUUUUCAACUUGCGAUUGUUGGACAGAGCACCGGAUUUGACAUGGUUGUAAUUUGCCAUUCAGAAAUACCCUCUUGGUAUCAGGGCGGGGCGUGAUGUAAAGUGGCCAUUUCUGAUUUCCAAGUUCCAACAAGGAAAUCCAGGAGUUCUGGUUGCAAAUGUACAGUUUGAAAAUGUUUCAAACCCAUUGAAUCACGCUGUGUCCAUGGCAUGUGUACAGUCAUUGGUGUAUGAUCGGGGUCUGGGACAUGGGGA